AUGCCGGCCCAGACAUCGUGUCCAAUAUCCGAGGUGGAUCGGGCAUUGUCGUCCUAUAUCAAUUCUCGCCAAGACACACUGCGCAUCCGGCGGACCAUAUCAAAGUAUCUGAUAUCCAGUCUGCGGCCAGUCAAUGCACAAACCCAAUCGCAGCAUCUCAACCAUGAGUGUCCGCACAACUUGUCAGCAGCCAACACAAACCCCCCAGGCCUAAAAGACGCCCGUCUCGACUAUCUCCAGGCGCUUCGAGCUCGAGCCAAGGCACAAGCAAAGCACCGUGAGCUCCAAGCUUCAUUGGAGCAGUUGCGGGGCCGGCACGUCAACGACAACCCUACACAGCCCGAGUCCAACCAGGACGAUAACGUCACCCAAGGCUAUGUGUCUCUCCUGCGACAGCGCCGCCGCCAUGCAGAGCUCCAAGUGAUACAGGAAUCCCUCGAAAAACUCUUGGCAGCGAAGCCUUCCACAGCCUCGUCCGACCCAAGGGACCUGGUCAAGAGGGCGAUCGGCGAACAACCAGGUAUUCCAGUCGAGCGUCUUGAGCAGCUCUCCCAACCCGGCGGCACCGACGACGACCAAGCAUGCGUCUUCAAGCUGAAGCAACAAGUCCUCGAAGCAAGAGCAGGCCUGGAGCGCGCCCAAGCCGCAAAAGCAAAAGCACAGGAGACCAUGUCUAAUGGCGCCGCACCCAAUCUCAAAUCCCAAGUCUACGCCCUCGAGCAGGCACGCAACGAGCUUGUCGAUUGGAUCCAGGGCGAACUGGCAAAACUAGAUGACGAAAGCAUGUUCCCGGAAGACGCCUCGCCCAUCAAGCGGCCCGUCCACAAUACCAACGGCCCUGCUGCUACUACUGCUGCUGCUACUAUCAAUAAACCAGACCUUGCAUCAGCCACCGAACGCAUCAAAGCCGCAUACGACACGUACACUGCAGCGCGAGCCAAGCUACUAGCCGCACAUACUAGUCUCCACAACCCCGUUCCCCUCGCAUCACCAUCCGCCAUAUCAGCAAGCGACUCCGCCCCGCAACACCGCAACACUUCGCCAGACAACACAACAGCACCACCACCACCACCACCACCGCCAUCAAACCCCCUUUCCAAACUCCUGCCUUACCUCCCUCACCUCACGCACCUGGCAAACAGCGAGCGCGCACUAACCCAGCAAUCCGUGUUCCUGGCUGCGCAUCUCGCGGCCGCAGACCAAGAAGCGCGUGAAGCGCUCCUCAGGCUCUCGGCUGAAAGCCACUUGCUGCCCGCGGGGUCCCAGGAGGCGGCUGCGUGGGGCAAGGCGGCCGCUGAUGCCGAGGCUGCGACUGAGCUGCUUGUUCGCGAGAAGCUGCACGAGAGCAGAAAGGAAGUCGCGGGCGUGGCAAUGGUGGUCGAGUUGUGCUCGUUGCACAGCCGUGUGCUGGAUGCCGUGUGAAGUGCCGUGGGAAUCAAAUGUUGGAAUAUGGGCUUUUUUUUAGGUAAGCAAAGGGGGAGAGAAGGAAUGGGUGUAAUCAAUCAGUCAAUCAGUCAAUCAAUUACUAGACCACAUGUUUCUACAAGACAAUAAUUAUAAAGAAAGAAAGAAAGAAAGACUCCAAUCCUAUGU